AUGGAGCAGGGAACUUCUAAUGAACGGCCGUACAGGUCCCAUCUUCGGCCGGCCUGUAUUCCAUGCCGAAAACGCAAGUCCCGCUGCCAGUCCGAGGCAUCUUCCACCUGCUGUCUCAUGUGCCGGGCACACCGCACGGAUUGUAUCUUUCCCACGGAGUCUCGUUCAAGUUCUCAAACUCCUCGGCGUCGGAGACGAGCAAGGCCGUCGAUAACUAGAAAUCCCCGUCAGAUCAGCCUAGCAACUGGCCCCCCGGCAGUAUCCAUUUCAGACAAUUCUACGAUCGAGCAGCCAGUGUCUGUUGUAGAAUCUGCUCCGACCUCAGCGCCUAACAGUUCAUCGAGAAACACCACAUCUCAUGAGAACCAAGUGUCAAGCAUCUCUCCCACUUUGCCAAGAAGCACAGAAUGGGCCCAGCAAAACGCUCAAUCCGAUGACUCACCUUUGGCAUUGGGCUCAAAUGACGAGCAACCACACAACCUCCACAUAGUUGGGCCAGCAGUCACUUCCGAUAACCAGGUUUUGUCGGACUACCUAUCUUCCAUGCCCAGUGCCUCAAGAGGUUCGCGGAUUAUUAGGCCAGCCAUAGGCAAUAGGUCUCGACCUGUGCUGUUUACUGCUGUGCAGAAACGGCCAGUUGGGUUGGAUUCAAACCUCAGUUUCGCAGAGGAAAGGUUGCAGCUUAUAGAGAAGAUAUUGGAGCCUUUUACCGGUGAUCUUAUUGACGUUUAUUUUCACAAGACUAAUUCUUGCUUUCCUCUUCUUGACGAAGGACAUUUCCGUAAGCAAUAUAGAGAGAACAAAUCUGCCAUAUCGCCAGCGCUCCUCAGUGGCCUGUACGCCCACUCGAUAACCUUCUGGAAUAGCUCUCCUAUUCUUUCCCGUCAUCGAUGUCCUGACGGGCGCUUCAUCUGGAAUCUUGCGACUGAGGCAGCUUAUUCCCAGAUACAUAGAUCUCCCGGAAUAUCCACCAUAGAAGCAUUGAUUCUGAAUAUAGGUGGUCGCGAAGUGACUUCUCUGAUAGGAAACGGCGUUUUGUUGGCGUCUUCAGUCGCUAUGGCACAUUCACUGGGUCUCAACCACAGCCCAAUAUCCUGGGAAAUACCGCAGUCUGAGAAGAACCUCAGAAUGAAGAUAUGGUGGGCUCUGUUGAUUCACGAUAAAUGGUUGAGUCUUUCGCAUGGAACACCGCCGCUUAUCUCUCCGACUCUAAACGAUGUGCCCCAGCCUCUCGUCCAAGACAUUUGUGGAGAGGGAUCUUCUUCAGAGCAGGCUCUCAAUGCUUCAGUGUAUAUCGCUCUAGUCGGAUUGACAGAGGUUCUGGACUUACACCUGAGACAUGUCCACCAAUUCAGCCUUUCAGAUGAAUCCACAGAUACGACACAUCUAGAAUUGGCUCUGAAUAAUUGGAUAGAGACUCUAAGUGACGAGAUCCGACGGGUUGUCAUUCGUGGAAACAACCUAAAGAUUCCUGGUGCUGCCAACCUUCGCCUGUCGUAUCUGACAGUCAGACUCCUAUUACAGAGAAUCGAGCUUGAAGCUGAGAAGCGAGUUCGUGAUACAGGGGAUAGUCGCCUACUAAACCGUUAUAUGCAAGCCCGGAGAACUGCAGAGGACAUUCUCAUCUUGACUCAAGAAUUACAGCCCGAACAUUUGGCUGAUUGCUGGCUGCCAAGCAGCGCUUUUGCAUUUUCGACAACCGUUAGCUUCCUUCUCCGAUGCGCACUAGAGACAGAAAACUCAACAGCCGGGUUAGUUCAAAGCAGCUCGUUGAAGAUAGCCUCGGACCUAUUGUCAGCUCUUCGUGAACACAAAGAGAAGCAUGCUUGGGAUUUGGGUGAUAUCUGUUUGGCCCAACAUGCCGACGUUGUUGAGAAGCUACGCGCCAUGACUCCGCCUGAAGACCCCAGUGCUGAAGAGGUUUUGGACUUUUCUAGCUUUGCCAUGGCGGAGUCUUCUUACCUCGAUCAGCUUUUCCCGAGUUUAUGGGAUCCUCUGCAGAAUGUGUGGUGA